AUGGACACGCGCCCUCAGCAGCCUUCAAAUUUCCGGGGGCUGCCGACUUCCAACCAGCACUUUGGUUGCUUGGACCCGAUACCACGAUCGAGGUAGACACCACCACAAGACCAAACACAAACAUUGCUCGCUGCCCGAUACGGAACCUUGGCUUCGACAGCCGCCCUUCAACCAAUCGAGCAAGGACGUGUUUCUACCCAUCUUGUAAACCCGCCCUCAGCCGAUCGAGCAAAGUAGUUCUAUCCAGCUUCUCCGAAGUCUAAGCGCAACACACUCAGCAAAAGCAAACAUCGAGGCAACGCGACCCCACAAUCCUAAGGAUCGAAGCAGCGAGAGUGAACAAAAACGAGCUCAGCAAUCAAACUCGGCCAAUUCAAUUAUGAAGAUCUUCUCAACUAUAUUAGAAGCCCUCAGCCAUCAUGCAACGGAAACUCCUGAUAAGGUUGUAUUUACCUGGGUAGACAACAAGUGUCACGAACAGAACAAGAUAACAUUCAAACAGCUGGAGGAAGCAUCCAAUGCUGUGGCGGCUCAUCUCCUCAAGUUGGGAUGCAAAAAGGGGGACCGCGUCAUGGUGGCAUAUCCCUUUGGCCUCGAGUUCUUGGCUGGAAUGUUUGGAGCCAUGAAAUUUGGAGUCAUCCCUUGCUCUAUCUAUCCACCAAACCCCAAUCAGCUCAAAACAGAAAUGCCCAAAUUCCGUGGACUUGCAGAGGAUGCCGGAGCCAAGUACGCCCUCUCUACCAAAGCAUUUGCCACUGUGAUGGCUACAUCGAGUAUCCUUUAUAAAACAGGUGUCAAGUGGAUUGGGACCGACAGACUCCCUAUCAAAAAGAAGCAUUCAAAUAAGCCAAAUGCUUAUGAGACAUACAUGGGAGAACCAAAUGAUAUCUGUUUCAUCCAGUACACUUCCGGCAGUACAGGUCGACCCAAAGGAGUCAUGAUCACUCACCACAACCUGGCAGAAAAUUGCAGGGAAAUUGGUGAUUCAAUCAACUUGACUCCAACUUCGUUGACUGCAUCAUGGGUACCUCAAUAUCAUGACAUGGGACUUGUGGGUGGUUUUAUGGCAACACUAUAUGCUGGUGACCAGCUUGUUAUGUCUUCACCCCUCGACUUCCUGGCCAAACCGCUUCUUUGGGCUGAUUUGAUUGAGAAAUACCAGGCAACUCAUACCUGUGCCCCUAACUUUGCCUAUGCACUGCUCCUUAAGCGAUUGAAGCAAGCCAAUAGGAAAUACGAUUGGAGCUGUGUUCAGUACGCCAUGUUUGGUGCUGAACCUACACAGCAAAGUGUGGUGGAGGAAGUGGCUACAACCCUAGCUGUGAAGCCUGAGAAUGUUUACAAUCUCUAUGGCCUUGCUGAGUCGGUGGUGUGGCUCACAGGAGGACCUGCAGUCCCAGACACCAAAGGCCUUGUGUGCUGUGGAAAGGUAGACUCCCCAACUUUAAAGCUUCGAAUUGUCCAGGAUGGAAAAGAGGCGGAGGAGGGACAUGUUGGAACCAUCUGGGUCCAGUCGCCCCGUGUUGCUGCUGGGUACUUUGGCCAGCCAGAGCUGACCAGAUGCACAUUUUCAAAUGUCCUCCCCAAUUAUGAUGGAACCUGGCUUGACACUGGUGAUUUGGGCAAGGUGGUUGAUGGGCAGCUCUAUGUCACCGGCAGAGUCAAAGAUGUCAUCAUCAUCAAUGGCAAGAAUUACUACCCAACAGAUGUGGAGCUUUCUGUUGAUUCAACAUUUGGUCAUCUUGUGCGUCCAGGAAGAACAACUGCCUUUCAGUACAGAGAAGACAGUAUUGGCAUUACUGCUGAGCCGAGAAAGGAUUUUGACAAGUCAGCUAACAAACAUUUGGCUAUUCAGAUAGCUAACCAUGUCUCCCAAGCACAUGGGUUGUUUGUCUCGGAGGUUGUUGUUCUGAAACCAGGAGUGACUCCAAAGACAACAUCAGGCAAACUGAAGAGGAGUGAGGUUCGGCAAACGACUGUUGCGAAUGAUUGGAAGACAUCUUCUAUGAUCCUAAGGUUUCAGCGACAUGAUGGUGCCAUUCCCUUGGAAAAGGAAGGGGUCGUCAAAAAAAGCUCUAAAGGGAACCUGAUGGCACAGCCUUGCAGUGUUGUCACAGAGGCAACAGAGUUUGAAUCUUCAGAACAGCUGAAUCCAAUUGAGUCCCACUUUACAACUUCGCCAAAGCACUUCCAAAGCUUGGUCAUCUCCAUCUUUGGUUCAGAGGUUGACACAUCGAAGUCAUGGGCUGAGAAUGGAAUGACAUCACUCAAGAGCGUUGAGCUGAGGAACAGUGUGGAGGAGGAGUUCCAUGUAGUGCUUCCCGUGAACUUUGAACAACUCUAUACAACACCAGUGGAGCUCCAUGAGUUCCUGGCUUCAUCUGAGGGAAAGUGCUUUCCUAAGCAAAACAAGUACAACCAACCUGACUCUGACUGGAACUCAUCCAGAUCCAGGCUGGGCAAGGUGCAACUUGGAGUUAUCCAAGCCCUUGGAUCAACUCUGAUCCUUCUCUUAGUCUUGCUUUCGGGUGUUCCAUCCUACUUCCUAGUAUCCUGGGUACUGGACCAAUGUGCCUCAGCUGAAGAUAGAGAGUGCCAGAUAAUUUGGGGUCUUAUGCCCAUGACCUUUCCUCUCUUUCUCCUAUCAUUCUCAUUGGUUGUGGUGCUAUUCAAGGUCUGUGUUGUUGGGAAAUACCUACCAAUGAAAUUUGGACUCCUAUCAUGGGAUUACAUCCGUUGGUGGUAUGUGGACAGACUUGUGGAAGUCUGGGAGUCUAUUGUUGGACAAUUCCUUCUAGAAACCAAGUUCAUUUGGAUCUUUUACCGGCUGCUUGGUGCUGACCUGGCUUGGUCGGCCAAGAUUGAAUCCUAUGUCCGCGAAUUUGACCUCGUAAAGGUGGACAGCAAUGCAACGAUUGCACAUCCUUUGAAGUGCAGAAAAUUCUCCCAGUCCUUAGAAGAGGCAAGCCCUAAGAUGACAUUCUAUCCUAUUGUUGUUGGAAAGAACUGCAAGGUCUCUGGCAUGAUUGGCCCUGGGGCCAAGAUUGGAGAUGGCAGCAAGGUGGAGAAGCUCUCUGCUGUUGAAGAGGGAGCCUUGGUACCAAAUGGGGUCGUUGCUAGGGGAAACCCAGCUUAUAACGCUGGCUCAUUUAAGCAGCAUCAAGAAUCAAACGUCUUGGCAGAGUCAGUGUUAGAUGUCUUCAAGAUGGUCUGGGCAAUCUCUGAGGCAUACCAUUUUUUUUCACUAUCCUCCCUGGUCCAUUUUACACUCAACAGCGUCCUGCCCUCAUGGAGAUAUGGUGGCGUUCUUCAUUGGCUUCUCUUGUUUCCAUUGACAUCCUUCCUUGCCCUCCUCACAAGCAUUGCCCUCAAAUGGAUUCUGAUUGGUAAACGAGAUCCAUCCGAUGAAUAUGAAGGUUCACACUACCGUCGGGCAACAAAUUGGGCUUGCGACUUCCACUUCCGUGUGGCUGCUUGGACUCUUGCUCCUUUCUUUGGCCAGUCUAGACUAUGGACCAUCAUCCUUUACCUUCAUGGUCUUGAUGUUGAUAUUGAAUCAAACCUCAACAACCCAUACUUUAUCUUCUUCCCUUCCAAGGUUGAUUUUGUGAAGGUCCGCAAGUCAUUUGUUGCAACCAUUUCUCUUGACUUGACCGAACGCGGGGGCUCCAAGAUUGAGAUCAUCAACAGCAGCGUUGGAUAUAAUGUCAAUGUCCAUGCUGGUGUCAAAAUAAUGAAAUCAAAGAUCCCACCAAGAUCAGAUGUGUCUGACAGUGUGUACAACUUGAACCAAUCCAGGAAGGCGCAGAAGCCUACCAGUUUGAUUAUGGAUUUGUUCCUUCCUGAAGUGUUGCAGCUUCUUCUCAAUGUGGUGAUUUUUGCCUCUUUCAUUCCUACUUAUGAGAUUGGCCUUGCUGCCACAGAAAGUUCUUCCAUUGCCAUUGCUGCGAGUGGGCUUGCUGCGGCCUUUGUCCUUCAAUUGUUCCUGUGGGUUCUUUUGACCCGACUUGUUGAAAGGUUGCUGUUGAUCCUUCCAGGUCGUGCUCAGCAGAGUUUCUUUGGCAUCUACAUCAACCAUGUUUGGUUAUUCAACGUGGGGAAUUGGCUUGUUUUGCUUCUUUAUGGAACACCCAUGUUUGCCUACUAUGCUCGCAUGAUGGGAGCUGAGGUGGAUGGUGACCUCUGGUACUUUGGAAAUGCUCUCUAUGAGUACAGCAAGCUUCACUUCAAAGGCAGUGUCAUUGUGGACAGCUCCAGCUUGAACGGUCAUUACAUUGAUUGCAGUGGGCUCACCAUUGAUGAUACUUAUGUGUCAGGCCUGAUUCAUCCUGGAUGCUUCGCUGUGGCUGGAGCAGCAGUCUCUGGGCCUGAAACUGGUCCAUGGAAAGUAUUCCUCAGAACUGAUGACAACAAAGAUUCUGUGGAUGUUGAGUGGGGGAGUGAAGGUAGUUCCCAGGAAAUCCUUGAGGGCUAAAGUGUUAGUGGGCAACCCUUUGAACCUUGAUUUGGCUGGCUGGUGUUGUUUUGUGGUGCACUACAAAGUCAAUACAAGUGAUGUCUAAUGAAUCGCUAGUAGCCUUACUAACCAACUACCUCGCGAAUCGUAUGAACCAACCCAUCCGCGCUUAGGUCAUCCAGCAGUAGAUAGUCCGCGUUGAGGCGCUGAGCCAGCUCUUUGCCGCGGCCGACCCGAACCAUUCCUGUUUCGGUAUCCAGAAACAGUGUAGGAAUGGCAAGGUCGGCGAGUUGUGCCGCGGCCUGUUCUGUUUGCGCCCAUGCAUCGCCGCUGGUAUCGGGUAGCGGCACAUUUGCCUUGCCAUCACUUAAUACGAUGAGUAGCAUUGGCUGUUGUUCAGUUUGAUGUCGGCCAAGACGGUGCACUGCUUCAUGGGCGACCACCAACGCAUGUGCCAGAGGUGUUCGCCCACCCGUGGGGAGACGCUUCAAUUGUUGUUCCGCCAGUUCCACACUCCGUGUGGGUUCCAAAAGCACUUCGGCCUUUAAUCCCCGAAAGGCAAUGACACCCACAGAGUCUCGCUGUUGAUAUGCAUCCGUGAGAAGAGCCAAGACUGCCCCCUUGACUGUUUCCAUGCGCUGUCGGGCAGACAUGGACCCCGAUGCGUCCACCACGAACAGAAUGAGGGUAUCCGUGGUGGCAUGGCGUACUUUUCGUCUCCAAUUUUCGGGUUUGAUAAUCGUCGCGCCGGUAUCCGGAUCGAGACCAUUGACGGCAGCUGCUCUGAGAGUUGCAUCGAGGGCAAUAUCUUGUGGCUUGUCGGUUGGUACGGACCGGACGUAGUGCCCCUGCUUGUUCUGUUGCGAGUUUGUUACGGUAUUGCGCCGACCUGUUCCUGGUUGACCUUGUUGUUUCUUGGCUAGUUUGAUUCUUUUGAUUUGUUCGGGUUUGCUAGCCUUAAAUGUCUCCAUCUGGUUGCCUUCACCAUUCCUGUCAUCGUUAUCGUUAUCCGUGUUCUUGUCCUGGUUGUUAGAAGACGAUGACGGCGCUGACUCGGAUGAUCCGUAUCCUGUACCUUCGCGAUUAUCAUUUUGUUCUUGCGGUUGUGGUUGCUGCUGUUCUUGUUCUUGUUGAUCCAUAUUAUUCUUGUCGGGUGGACUAUUGUCGUUGUUGUUGUGAUUAUUGAUCAACUCUUCCAACAUUUCCUCUGUUUGUUGCUUGGAUUGCGGCGACUCGAAGGGUUUCUUGCGUUUGCGGUGCGGCAAUACCCAUUGGGCCGCUUGUUUAAUAUCGGCGGGAGCAACUUGCAGUCUGCCUUCCCAAGCUGCUAAUGCGGUUGCCGUCUUGUAAAGCGUAAUGUCAGCUCUGAGACUGUCCACGUGCAUUUCGGUGCAAAUGGUGCUAAUGAGGAGCAGCAAUUCAUCUUUCAAAAUGACUUUUGUAAGUCGUUCUUGGGCAGCAACCACCUGUUGCGUGAGUAAUGUGGAAGACUGCUGCCAUGCUUGUUGAAAGAGUGCAGGAUCCCGUUCAAAAGUGAUCCGUUGUCGGACCACCUCACAUCGUUGCCUUGGAUCUCGCGGAGCCUGCACAUCCACCAUGAGGCCAAAGCGAUCCAAGAGUUGAGGUCUUAAAUCGCCCUCUUCCGGGUUCAUGGUCCCAAUCAACAUGAAUUUCGCGUCAUG